CCCAAUCUCAACAGCUGCGAAGUUGAAUCAGAUAACAGCAUGGUCGGAGUAUAUUCAGGUUUGAUUGAAUGAGUGUUCUCAACUGGCCUUUCGCCACCAUCCCCACUCUAGCUGCAACCCUUCCCGCCGAACCUCCGCAAAAAUUCACAUCGCCGCUUCAUGCACUUACUGUAUUAUGCCGUCAAAGAAUCCACCAAUGCGCCACAGAAAUUCGUCGAGUACGCGAAGUACUCAUGAAAGGGGUCUUGUGAGGUGUACUGCAUGCCAGAAAGUCUUCUCCACCAAAAGCCACCUGCGUCGACAUGAAGCGAGUCGUAAACGGACCAUCAGAAAAGCUAAUCUGCCCAGUUUGUGGUGGUGCCUAUAUCAGAAGGGACGUUCUACGUCGCCAUCUUCAACGAUGCGGGCCCAAGGGAGAUUACCAACUUCCCACUCAAGGAAAGCCAGGGAGAAAGCGAAAAUCAUGUAACGCCUGCGCUACAGCGCGAGUAUUCUGUGACGGAGAGGUUCCUUGCGAGGCCUGCUUACAAAAGGGUCUGAAUUGCUCGUUCAGCCGCACGCAUGAGCAGUCACCCAGAUUCCCCGAGGCUAGCCAAGCCAUAACUCGUCAAUUACCGGAAGAUAUCAAUCCGUCAACGGAAGGGGAGCCAUGCCAUCGCCCCGCAAAGUUGUCAAUACCGUUUCUUCUACAUUAUACAAAUGUAGAGAGUGAAUCGAAAUACGAAAGUCUCCGCUUGCUGUCUCAAUGUACGGGUGCGGAUCCGCAAGUCGGUUGUUGUGCUGUGGACCAUCAGCCAGGAAAUUCAUGCUUCCUCACAGAUCCUUGGGAAAGGAUGUUCCAGUCUUUCAUUUAUACUGCUAAUCUGGACCCACCAUGCGACUCGCAAACCAGUGCGACAUACUCGUUUGAUCAUGCAGAUCUUGAGAGCAUUGCCGCCGAGCUCCUAGGAAUAAUGGUUUGCUCUGAACAACAAGAUGCACUGGGUCAGGAUUCCCUGGGCAUUGAUAAGGCCAGGCAACUAUUCACCCCUUCUAACAUCGCCAAAUUCAUUAGGGCAUUCUUUGACAAUCCAUUUCACACUCACUACAUUACUCCGGCCGCUUUCAGCUUGAACAAAGCCUCAAAUCUUCUUGUUCUCACAAUUGUGCUACUAGGUGCAGUUUACGAUAAUCCUUACCGCUCAGAUGAUUUGGCAACAUACUCAAACAUCACCGAACACCUAGUCUUUGAAGGACCAUCUUUUAAGAAGCUGUUAGAUGGAAAUCGUGAAUCCCUUGACUUUGGUGACACCCUGGAAAUCCUUCAAGCUGCAAUGCUUGUUGUUAUUCUGCAGUCCUAUAAGGAAAGUCCUGAUAGCAUACGACGCAUUCGCUUGCAACGCAUGCCAACUAUCUUUACUGCCAUUCGUAUGCUCGAGUUGAAUAAGAUUACGAAUGACUGUAUUCCUGGAGGUUCAGACUGGGACACAUAUCUUCUCCGUGAGAGUCUUGUCAGAGUCAUGGCGGGCAUCUACCUGCUGGACUGUUAUUGCGUUAUCUUCUUUCGCUAUCCGACCCUUCUGAGACUGGAUGAGAUAGCUUUCGAAAUACCGCAACGGGAUGACCUAUUCCAUGCUCACAACGCCGCUGAAUGGGAGGAACUAUCAUUGAAGGAUCAGAAGCCCCACGUACCAUUACAAUUGCGGGCCGUUCUCCGCGACUUCAUGAGGCCCGAAGGCGAACCUCCUCAACACAGGGAAUAUUUUCCAAAUACUAUAUUCGGAUCAUUUCUUGUUCUUUCCGCGAUACAAUGUGUACUAUUUGACCUGUUAGCGCUGCACACAUUCAUGAAUGACAUCCGAGUCUUUGAACCGGUGGAACGUGCAUUGGUUCGGUGGAAGAUCCACUGGGACUCAUUGUACCAAGGGAUUGAACCAGCUACUGCCAAGCGAGCCGGAUUCAUUAUCCAUGCCGCCGAAUUCUGGUGUGUCGCCAAGGCGCUCGUAAAGCACCCAUCUGCUGCGUGGCCUGAAGACAGCAAGGAUACGUUGGAUACGACACAGAGCUUUCGUCGUCUGGUGGACAGGUUGAUGUCUGAUGAUGAUACUGCAAAAGUAGUUUAGCACUUUCUUGGAAAGGUCGCUUUUCGCUCGCCUUUGGCACAUCCCCUAUCAUAUCAAAGAAGGGUAUCCAGAUAGCGACCAGAUUACUUUGCUAUAUACCUUCUGGGUAGUUGUCAAAGUGUGACCUUAUAGGUAUAACCUUUUCCCGAUGUCGUACAAGGGAUAUCACCUUGCCUCAUUUCCAGAAACCCCAUGCCAAGCCUAGAAUACC